AGCUGACGUUGUGCGUGGUGACGUCACGCGUCCUCCUGAGCCAUGCGUACUGAGGGCUCGCCGUCGACUCGCGGCGCUUGUUGUUAUGAGUGAAGCAGGCCUCGGACUAAAUUAAAAAGUUCUCCCGCCGCUGCCCCGGGAAACCUGCUCAUGGAGGGCAUGGACGUCGAUCUGGACCAGGAGCUCAUGCAAAAGUUUAGUUGCAUGGGCACCACGGAUAAAGAUGUGCUGAUCUCGGAGUUCCAGAGGCUGCUGGGCUUCCAGCUGAACCCGGCCGGCUGCGCCUUCUUCCUGGACAUGACCAACUGGAAUCUUCAAGCAGCCAUUGGAGCAUAUUAUGACUUUGAGAGUCCAAACAUCAACACACCAUCAAUGUCUUUUGUAGAAGACGUGACAAUUGGUGAGGGCGAGUCCGUUCCCCCCGACACGCAGUUCACGAAGACGUGGCGGAUACAGAACACAGGAUCAGAGUCAUGGCCCCCAGGUGUCUGUCUGAAGUACAUUGGUGGAGACCAGUUUGGUCACGUGAAUAUGGUGUUGGUGAGGUCUCUGGAGCCGCAGGAAAUCUCAGACGUCAGUGUCCAGAUGCACAGUCCAGCCAAUCCAGGCAUGUACCAGGGCCAGUGGAGAAUGUGUACAGCCACUGGACUCUUCUAUGGAGAUGUGAUCUGGGUGAUCCUGAGCGUAGAGGUUGGGGGUCUGCUUGGGGUCACACAGCAGCUGUCCUCCUUCGAGACCGAGUUCAACACACAGCCACACCGCAACGUUGAAGGAGACUUCAACCCCUUCGCCUCACCGCAGAAGAACAAGCAAGACGCCAACGAAGAUAACCUAAAAGACACCAGAGGCCCCUGGGUGGCCCCGCUGGACUCCAUACAGCAAGAUCAAAAUGGACUCUCUCACAACUCUGUAAAUAUUACGCCAAAUGGUCUACAAAACAACUUAUCAGUAGUGACUUACAGCCAGGGCUGUCAUGGGCCCUACCCUUUUGGACAGUCUUAAGAGACAAGAAUCGUCACCACCAGGCAGCUCAGUGGAGCCGUCACUCUGGAAUCCCCCUUUUCUGCGGGGUUACGCAGGGGAGCAACAGAUUUUUCUUAACAGAUUUCUCAAGACUUGACAACCCUACUCUCCCCUUGCAUUACAACACAACCUAAGAUAUGGACAAGGCUGUUUGGUUCUAAAUCAACAUUCAGCCAUCUUCAACACGCAUGUGUGAAUGCUAAAUUAAGAUGAGUGCUAGAAAUCCUCAAAGUCAAAUACACAGGUUUUUGUUUUUAUUGUUGCGUUGCUGCAAUAGUCAGGUGAGCUGGUGUGUAUGUGUGUGCGUGUGAGUGUGAGAGACAGGUAGAGUAUGUGUGCUUGUAAGCUUGUGUGUGGACCAUGCACAAAAGAGAUAUGAAAAAAGCCAUUGAAAAAUAACUUUUGCUUGUCAAGAAGUUUUUAUAAUUUACUUUGUGAACUGUAUGAUUUUACUGAGAAAUCACUUCAGUUUUUAAAAAUUUUGAUUCGUUCUAAACUGCUCGACAAUUUGUCGUCAUUUUUCCUGAGUUAUUAUAGGAGAUCUCAGCAGUACUUCUAAAAGUUAAAAUAGCUUUCAGGAUCACUACACAAACUCAACAGUAGUGCUUGUUAAAGGCCAGAAGGUGGAACUGUUGAACCUCUGAACACAUACAAACACAGCUAUGAAAACUGUAAAGCUUAACAGGCCCCUCAAUUUUGCUGAGCAAAUUUCACAACCAUGGAGUUUAAUAGCUCCCAACUGCAUUGUUAUUGUAUUGGUAGGCCCUGUGAUAUUUUCUCUGUGGUCACUUGUGUGAUGUUCAUUUUCCUUUGAAGGCCGAGAGCUUUUGAGAUUGUGUGGUGGUUUAAAUCCUAGCAGCUCACAAUUAUGGCAUAAAUGUUUAGCUCAAGCAUUAACUUCAUGAAAACUGUUUUUAAUGCAAGAGUUUUCAGAAGCACAUUGUUAUGGAUUAUUUAGGUUUUUUUUUUUGUUUUCUGUUUUUUUUUUUUUUUUUUCAGAUCCACAAAUUUUUACAAAUUAAAUUUAUCAAACUCUCUUCACUCUUUUUUUCUUCUUUCAUAACUGACAUUUCUUAUUAAACCCCAUGUAUAAAAUGCAGACAAAAGAAUAUAUACAGGGAAAUAAUGUUUAGCCUAAAUCAUGUUUACAGAUCAAGGUUAUGAAAGGACAUGAUGUAUUCAGUAUAUGUAUUACAUACUAUUUAUAUAAUUUAAAUGAAAUUUAAACUUUGUAAGAAUAUUAACACUGAGUAUUGCAGAUUGUUCAAUUUUAAUGUAAUACAAUAAUGAAAUUGGCUGAAAUAAGUGUGCAGUAUACCAGUUUAAGUCACCAUGUAAAACAAGCCAUCAGAAAACAUAUGCAUUGCAGAUGAUGCUUUGUGUCCACAGUUGCUGUCAUGUUAUGAUAAAUAGCUAAUUGGAAUUUCAUUUUAUGAUGAUGAGCUACACUAAGAAACAUUUGGAAAAAUGAUUCUCUUUGCUAUGCAUCUGGUGACUGAUGAAGGGAUUGUCAUUGAUGACACAUGUGCUUUGUCUUUGUUUUCUAUAUUGUAUAUGUUUUGGUUCAAAUCACUGAUUAUCUAUGCAGUGUUUGAAGGGGAUUAUCUGUGUUUUUGUUUCUCCAGGUAAACACACUAUGUUGAAAAUCAUCAAUGCCGUAGAGCUAGCUGAGUUUGUCUUUGAUUGCCAUAGAGAUUAGACAGGGAAAAUUCCUUCAGCUUUCUCGAUUGCGAAUAUUGUGUGCAGCCCACAGCUCAAGGACAGUGUCAUUGUUUCAUGAGUCAAGUCUUCCUUGGAGUUGUUUUAGUGAAUGUCCUCAUCCCAACUGCACAGAUAUAAUUAUUUCUCAUUGACUAUUGCUGUCUGGCUUAUGUGUGCGAGAGGCUAUAUUUGAGUGAUAAGUAGCUCUGUUGUGCUUUCUUUUUAAAUUUCUUUUUGUUUGCUCUUUGAGUUUUCUGCACAGUGGCAUGGUGAAUGGAUGAGCAUAGAGAUCUAUGGUAGCACAUUUAACAAGAAGAGAAAAUACAGAAAUGAAACCUUUUUCCUGUAUGUGUAAAUGAACAUUUCUAUAAUUAAAUCAAUACUUAAGAAUUAA